GGACCGGAGGAAAACCCCAAAUCUCCCCCUCGACCUCCCGUUCUUUUUUCUUGCCCGCUUUCGUGUGAUCUCGUCUCCGCUCCCUUCGCCGACGAGCGGCCAAGGCGAAUUUGGGAAAGCUCUUCGCCGCUUCUCGCCGAGAGAGAGAAAGAGCUCUCCAUGGCGUCCGCUAGCGAGAGGCUGGAGCUCGCCAAGCUCUGCAGCACUCGCAACUGGUCCAAGGCCAUUCGCGUCCUCGACUCCCUCCUCGUCCAGUCCUCCUCGGUCCAGGACAUCUGCAAUCGAGCUUUUUGCUAUAGCCAGUUGGAGUUACACAAACAUGUGAUCAAGGACUGUGACAGGGCACUGCAGCUAGAUCCUAAGGCUCUUCAAGCUUAUAUCCUCAAAGGUAAUGCUCUGUCAGCUCUGGGAAGAAAGGAAGAUGCUUUGCUUGUGUGGGAGGAAGGGUAUGGAAAUGCAGUUCAUGAAUCAACAGAUUUAAAGCAGUUGCUGGAGUUGGAAGAGCUAUUGGCAGUUGCUAAACAGUCUGAACCUGUUGUUUGUGAAGAUCAUGCCAUGGAUGCAUCAACAUGUGAUACAAAAGUAGUUGUCUCUGAAAAUCAUGUUUUGGAUUCCUCUAAUACAAAUAUGUCAACCACUGAAAAAAAGGUUGUUGUCUGUGAAGAUCAUGUUAUAGAUUCCUCUAGUACGACGACAUUGACCUCUGAGAUAGGGUCUUUCAUUCAAAGUAAAUCAGAUAAUAUGCAUGAAAAACCUAAUGAUACUGCAGAAACAUGCAGCAGAUCCAAUGAGACCAUUAAAAUAAAUCGAAAGCUUUUUGUUGGUCUUCCAAAGACCAAGUCAAUAAGCUUGGAUUUUCGAUUAUCACGAGGCAUAGCACAGGUGAGUCUGAUGUGCUUUAUUAUCAAAUUUUCUCAUUUAAUUUGCCCAUAUACGUAUAAAUGUUUUUAUACAGGUAAGGAAAUCAGCUACUGUCUCAAUCAAAUGAGGGUCUUAUUGAACUAUACAGUGGAUUUAGUUUAAAUUUCUCAUUUUAAUUUUACAAGUAAAAAUUGAACUGUGUGCAGUGAUGAGUUCAUGGUAGUAAUGUUGGGCUGUCUCUGGUCAUCUUGGGAUGAUUUUAACUUUUUACUUAUCUCUGCCUCAAAAUCUUUGGGAAUGUGCUUUGACAAAUUGCCAAACAGUAGAAAUUCAAACAAUGAGGAAAUAUAAUAAACACAAAUAUUUAGGAUUGUGGACAAAAACGAUCCUAAUCAACCUUAAUUUGUAAUGUUUGCUAGAAACUCAUCUCCAAACUAAAUUAACAAGACAAUAAUCUUCCAAUUCAAAAUUGUGAGCAGUCUUUAUCUCUUGGUUAGUUUGUGAUACAAUUGUUAUUUAGAAAUCAUGGCUCCAGAGUUCAAUAUGAAGAUUUUCAGAUUUCAAAUGAAGUCAAGCCUUUCCUUUUUUCUCUUCUCUGUUUAACUAAGUGUUUGGCACAUUUCCUAGGCAUCUUGAGUCAUAAUAUUUAGUCUUUACACUUUUUGCUCAAUUUCUUCUUUAAGGUACCUGAACCCUUCUUUUCUAGAUACCCAAUUCGUGUCAUGACCUGUUGGCUCAAAACCUUGCUUAGCUGGUUAAGGAAUGUAGAGCGGAGAAACCCAAUAUAUGUUUAGGGGAUAACCUAGGAUUUUGAGCCAAUUGCUUUGAGCUCAUAAG